AGAUCUCUUUCUUACUGGCCAAUGAGCGCAGAGGCCUUUCUGUACCCUCUCGCUACUGUAUUCAGAUCAGAUAAGUGCUUUUGUGCACUACUGCGAUGCGGCUCCGAUGGCCUCGUAGCGGCCGUGGAGUUUAGUGUACGUACGGGGACAGGCUAGCCCUGUUCGCACUCGCUGCUCGUCUCCAAAUGCAUGCGGGACUUGCGGGUAUAGCAGUGGAGAUGCUGUGCGGUGCCACCAGCAGGGCCAGGCCGAGGCUCGGCAGCCUCUUACUGACCACCAAAACAUCACUGCCGUUGUCAAGCGCGGAGAGUCACAGAUUUCGGUCCACAUCCUCGAUGCAGGGGUUUUCAGAGCUGGCAAGAGAGAGGUCGAAGACCGUCACGUCGUUUUAUAAUCAAUCUGCAAUCGAUGCUUCCGCAGAGAAGGCCUCGGUGCGACUUACAUUAGCAACUCUCCUGUAUUCUGGGAAGUCUCCUGAUGGACACCACAUCUUGAGUAGUGCCAAAUACCUUCACAAGGAGCUGCCUGUACGAAUUGCCCAUCGCAUCAAGGGCUUCCGUAGUUUACCCUUCAUCAUUGGCUGCAACCCCACCAUUCUGCAAGUGCAUGAGCUGUACAUCAGAGCCUACCACAUGCUCAGUGACUUCCCCCAGAUCAAGGACCAGGAAGUGGAGACCCGUUUCUGUAAGCUGGUGCAGCAGCUGCUGGAUGACCACAAAGACGUGGUGACCAUGUUGGCCCAGGGCUUCAGGGAGUGUCGCAGACACAUCCAGGACGAGACCAUUCUCCGCAACUUCUUGGAUACAACACUGUGCUCCCGACUGGGGAUCCGGAUGCUGGCCACGCACCACCUCGCCCUCCAUGAAGACAAUCCGGACUUUGUUGGGAUCAUAUGCAGACGUCUCUCUCCUAAAAAGAUCAUUGAGAAGUGGGUGGACUUCGCCAGACGUCUGUGUGAACAUCAGUAUGGUAACUCGCCCAGAGUGAGGAUCAAUGGACACGUCGCAGCUCGCUUCCCCUUCAUCCUCCUGCCUCUGGAUUACAUCCUGCCAGAACUCCUGAAGAACGCCAUGAGGGCCACCAUGGAGAGCCAUCUGGACACCCCCUACAACCUGCCAGAUGUGGUUGUGACCAUCGCCAAUAAUGACAUUGACUUUGUCAUCAGGAUUUCAGACCGUGGAGGCGGCAUCCCCCACAACAUCAUAGACAAGGUGAUGGACUACCACUUCAGCACUGCAGAGGAGAGCGCGCAGGACCCCCGCAUGAGCAACCUCUUCAACAACAUCACCAACAGUGGAAACCAGUCCAACCCCAUGCACGGGUUUGGUUUUGGUCUGCCCACAUCGAGGGCCUACGCCGAGUAUCUCGGGGGUUCUCUGUCCAUACAGUCUAUGCAGGGCAUCGGCACCGACGUCUACCUGCGUCUGCGCCACAUCGACGGCAAAGGAGAGAGCUUCAGAGUGUGAAGCUCCCUCAUUGGUUCUUCUGGGAGGAGCACAGAGGGUUUCCCACCACAGGCUGCCAGAGGACAAGGUCUUUCGUCCAGAGUGACGACCUUCACAAUGUUGUCACUUCUUCGUUUGGCCUUCGACUGAUUAUAAGCUAUGUUAGCUCUCAGUUUGAUAAUUUGAAUUGUUUUCCUUGUGUUUUGUUCCCCUUGACGUGGCGUCUCAAAUUUUUUGAAAGUUUCGAGUAACGGGACAAACUGUGCACGAUAGUGGACGCUGAUGGAAGGACAUGGGCUUCAUCUUUAGAGAAGUUCCUCAUAAAGUUACUACUCGCACCUGUUUUGACAAUAAAUGUUUCCAGACACUCCAGCGACCCCUGUGAAGCUGCUUGCUGGCUGAUUGCUUUAAACCUGCAGACCUGGCUCCCUAUGGCCGGCUCGGAGCUGAAUCCAAGCUUAAAUCUGUAGACCCGGCGCCCCAUGGGUGGCACAAAGCUGAAUCUAAGUUUAAAAUCUGCAGACCUGGCACCCCGUCAGCAGCUCGGAGCUAAAUCUAAGCUUAAAUCUGCAGACCAGAUGCCCAGUGGGCGGCUUGAAGCUGAUUCUAAGCUUAAAUCUGCAGACCUGGCGCCCCGUGGGUGGCACAAAGCUGAAUCUAAGCUUAAAUCUGCAGACCUGGCGCCCCGUGGGCAUCUCGGAGCUGAAUCUAAGCUUAAAUCUGCAGACCUGGCGCCCCGUGGGCAUCUCGGAGCUGAAUCUAAGCUUAAAUCUGCAGACCUGGCACCCCGUCGGCUUCUCAGAGCUGGAUCUAAGCUUAAAUCUGCGGUGUCUUCACAAAGCUGAACUCCGCAUGGAAACUGCCAUGAUGCUCUUCAACAGAAGUUGCUGUCACCAACACCUCUGUUAAUGUUGUCUGGCCAAACUGGGACGUUCAGCUGCCUUACUGUGUGACACUCAUCUGCAUGCUGACUUUUACCUUUUCUUCUAUACAGUUUGUUGCCUUCAUCAGAUCGCCCAGACGCUCCUCCUCGUCUUUAAUUUCAUGUUUAUUUGCACAAUAAAUAGAUUUACUGUUGUCAUGCUGAGCGCUUGCACCCAUCGUAACCGUUUUAGAUUUAUUAUUUUUAUUAUAACAGCUCUAUAAUAACUGUUAACCUGAAGUAUUGAUUCAUAGUUUUUCUAUAUUUGCCUUCUAAUUUUUUUGUAUUAAAGGUUUUCAGUUUUUUUUUUGAGAUCCGUUUUUGUAUAAGAUCACAUUUCAGGAAGUGUCUACAGCAGGGUUUCUGCUUACUGGAGGUUCCGAUUGGCUGCAGACUAAACGACAAUAAUCUAGAUGUAAAAUAAAAAUAAAGAUGAAGCGCAGCUCACUUCAGGAUCAGGUGAAAAAGCUGAGAAAAGUCUGGAUGUUUGGAAUAAAUCCGCUACGAUCAUGCCUCCCUUUGUGUUGAAACAUUCCCGAAGCGAAGCCUCCAGCUUGGAUUCCACAUUUCAGUCUGAUUUUACUGGUGGUUUUAAUCAGGGGGCAUCAGGAAUCUGGUUUACAUUCACACACUUUUUAAAACUCUGAGUCAUCAUUUCAUGUAGCUCUUUAUUUUAUUCUGAAGCCAAAUCUGAACUUUACACUCCACCCUGAAGGAUCUACCUUAGAGAGACUCUGGUAUUAUUUGGUUUAGAAAACAUGCUGAAGGUUAAAUCUGCUGGAAAAACCAACUAAAGGCUUUACCUGCAGACUGAAUUCCUCCCGAGUUCAGAUGAGAUUCAAAACAUGGUGGGUCUAUUUUUUAACAAGUUAUAUUUAUUUAUCCCAAACACUGAUCUGCUAGAGCAGGAGACCUGGAUUCCUGUUUCUGUGUUUAUUGUAGCAUGAAAGUCUGGAAGAUGAUGAAGUGAUGAGCAGCACCUCAAGGGCGGGUUGGACAUCAGUGCCAUAAAAUGUGCACUGUGCUCCCCCUGCUGGCCUGAAACAGUCACAGCGGGUUAUAAAAUAAAAAAGAUUCAUGAACACUUGAAAAUAUUUUUUUCUUUUUGUCGAGGUUGGAUUUUUUUCUUUCUAAAUGAACAUCAGAAAAAUCUGCAAAUGAUGUCCAGGAGUUAUGUUACUGACUAAAUGUGGAGGUUCCUAAACUAACUUUAGUUCCACUUGGUUUCUGUUGUGUUUGUAGAUAUUAAAUUAACUUCAUUUAAACUUUGA